AUGUCAGGACAAGGGUUAGAAGCCAGUCUAAGGCCAAGUAGAAGCAGGGCCGGUGAGCGGAUUAGUAGAAGUGGGUGUUCCGAACGGAAGCGCGGAGGCUGGGCGAGGAUGAAGCGAGCGGGCGGGGCUCGGCCUGCGGGGGCGGAAGCGCAGCGAAGGCGUAGCCCGACCCAGGCAACCACGGGGGCUGGCGCCGUGGAGCCGCAGAUGGGUUUGCCCGAGCUGCUGCUGCACGUCUUCUCCUUCUUGGAGGCCCGAGACAUGCUCUGCGUCGCCCGGGUGGAUAAGGUCUGGAAUGAGGCUUCAAGGACCAAGGAACUGUGGAGGCAGCUGUGUCUGAGACGCUGGUCCUCCUGUAAAGCCUCCCAGACGACCCUGGGCACACAGACAUGGAAACAGUACGAUCUCUGCUGAUCCGAGCUGGAGUUCCGAAUGGAAUCUGGGUGGCCAGAGAAGGACUUUAUCUGCAAAGCCAUUGCUGGGCACAAAGGAGAGAUAGAUGAGCUGGCCUACAUCUCAACCAAAGAGUACUGGUUUGAUGGGCGGGAGAAGUCCGUGGUGUGCACCGUGUCGUCAGAUGGCUCCGUGUGUGCCUGGGAUCUGCAAGAGGUGAGCUAUCUGUCGAGCCCUCUACAGCCUGCAGCUCUGGUGAAUUUGGUGACUUACCCUCGGCUGCAACUGGUUGUCACCGUGGACGAGCGGGGACUGAUCAAAGUAUGGAAAGCAGAGAACGGGUGUGAGCAAGCCUCCUGCCUGCCUACAUACUCGUCUUCAUUGGAGGCCUGUGACUUUCCAGAAGGCCCCCUCCUGCUGGUAUGCAAUCCAUAUGGAACUGAUUUUUAUGUAUGGUAUGAGGGUUUCACAGAUGUGAUUUCAGGAUGGAGUUGGAAAAGUGAGAGUCCACUACUGCAGAAGAAACAAAAGGACAGAUUCCUCUUCAGUUACCUGAACCAUAACCAUUUUAUUUUGAGGGAUGAUUAGUGUACUGAAGGAGAGUGAUGAUGACAACUGCUUUUCUUGCUGAACUUGAGAAGAUAAAAAAAAUAAAGAGGUGAAGAACAGGUUAGUGAGGAGCUCCUCAUCUACAGUGGCACUGGUCACCAGAAGGACAUUUGAGGAAAAUAGCCAGUUGUCUUCUGAAGCUUUCCCCCAAAUUUCCUCAAGGCUGCUUUCUCUUUAUCGAUCUCCCUGAACCGGAUAUUUAAAGCCUUCUGGAGUUUUUGAAUGUGGAGCUUGGUCCUCUUCUCCUCUCCAAGGUUGUACACAAGGGCCUUCCACAGGGGACACGGGUUCGAGCCCUGGUCUGGGAAGAUCCCACAUGCCACGGAGCAACUAGACCCGUGAGCCACAACUACUGAGCCUGCGCGUCUGGAGCCUGUGCUCUGCAACAAGAGAGGCCGCGAUGGUGAGAGGCCCGCGCACCGCGAUGAAGAGUGGCCCCCGCUUGGCACAACUAGAGAAAGCCCUCGCACAGAAACGAAGACCCAACACAGCCAAAAAUAAUAAAUAAAUAAAUAAAAAUUAAAAAUAAAUAAAUAAAUAAAUAAAUACCCUGAAGUAGGAUUGCUGAAUCAUAUGGUAGUUCUAUUUUUAAUUUUUUGAGGAACCUCCAUAUUGUUUUCUAUAGUGGUUAUACCAAUUUACGUUCCCACCAACAGUGCAUAAGGGUUCCCUUUUCUCCACAUCCUUGCCAACACUUGUUACUUUAAUUUUUUAGUUAAAAAAUUUUAAAUUGAAGUAUAAUUGACUUACAACACUAUGUUAGUUCCAGAUGCACAACACAGUGAUUCAAUAUUUCUAUACAUUACAAAAUGAUUACCAGGAUAAAUCUAGCUACUGUUUGUCACAAUACAAAGAUAUUACAACAUACUAACUAUAUUCCCCAUGCUGUAUGUUUCAUCACCAUGACUCAUUUAUUUCAUAACUGAAAGUUUGUACCUCUUAAUCUCCCUCACCUAUUUCACUCAACCCCCCCACCACAUCCCCUUCUGGCAACCACCUGUUUGUUCUCUGUAUCUGUAACUCUGUUUCUGUUUUCUGUUUGUUCAUUUGUUUUAUUUUUUAGAUUCCACAUAUAAGUGUAAUCAUACAGUAUGUCUUCCUCUGUCUGACUUAUUUCACUUAUUUUCACUUAUUUCACCUAUACCCUCUAGGUCCAUCUAUGUUGUCACAAAUGGCAAGAUUUCAUUCUUUUUUUAAUGAUUACUACAAGAUAUUGAAUAUAGUUCCCUGUGCUAUACAUGUGCCAGAGCUUCUUCACUGGAAACCUGGAUUCUCACAAGGACUCUUAUUGUGGGUGAUUAUCUAAGCCACUGUUCUCCAGGGGCUCUUGGACCAUGGCCAAGAGGAGCUGGAGCUGGAAUACAGGCCACUUCAGGGUCCACAGCUGGACCAAGGUCUGUAUGCCCAUUACUGGAUACACAAGUAUGUGAGACUCCUCUCUGGCCACUUGUUGUUUGGUGCUGGAUUCCACAGCUCCCACAAAAACACUUUUCUCUAUGGACAGAUGCCCAAUUGUUACUGAGAGUGGGAUAUGAUGAGGGACAACUUAUUCGACCUUCUUGUUGACGUCACUUCUUGUAGGCUGCUGUUAAAGAAAAAAAGUAUUCUGAUUUUUAUUAUAGAUAGUACGAAACUCCUUAUUCAGGACUGUUGGAAUGGACGUCAAUAUUAUUUCAAUAGGGGAAAGUGACUGGGAUCAUAUAUGAACACAAAAAGGAAAAGUGGAGAUUUAUAGCCAAGGAGCAGGUUGAGGGGUCAGUGGGUAGAAAUUACUGGGAAGGUAGAGUACUUUUUGCUAAACUAAUCUAGCAGAAUUUUUGAUGAAGGGAGGCCAGAGUGAUCAGACAUCACUUGGAGGAUGGUGGGGGAGGAAGAAUUUGGUCAUAUAUCAAGGGUGAUCAAAUAUGGAGGAUUCUGGCUAAACUGAUCUGACAGGGUUCUUGAUAAAACUAGGCAAUGCAAAGAUGGACACAGAAUCCCAAAGUCAGGACCUAGUUGAGAAGAGGGUUCAGAGGAGCCUGACUAAAGUUUGGUUAAAAAAGGAAUCUUUGCAACUAGAGAUUAUCAUAAUAAGUGAAGUAAGUCAGAAAGACAAAUACCAUAUGAUAUCACUUAUCUGUGGAAUCUAAAAUAUGACACAAAUGAACCUAUCUACAAAACAGAAAUAGACUCACAGACAUAGAGAACAGAAUUGUGGUUGCCGAGGGGGAGGCGGUUGGGGGAGGGAUGGAGUGGAAGGUUGGGGUUAGCAGAUGUAAGCUAUUAUGUAUAGAAUGGAUAAACAACAAGGUCCUACUGUAUAGCACAGAGAACUAUAUUCAAUAUCCUAUGAUAAACCAUAAUGGAAA